AUGCCAAGUACAAUGGAGACAAUAUAUAUGAUCUUGAUUGCUGGUGAAUUUACUAUAGGAAUUUGGGGAAAUGGAUUCAUGGUACUGGUUAACUGCACUGGCUGGUUCAAAAGGAGAGAUAUCUCCUUGAUUGACAUCAUCCUGGUCACCUUAGCCAUCUCUAGAAUCUUUUUGCUGUGUGUAAUAACUUUAGAUGGCUUUGUUAUGCUGCUCUCUCCAGAUAUAUAUGCCCAUGGUGAGCUAAUGAACAUUUUGGAUGUUUUGUGGACAUUUAGCAAUCAUUCAGCAGUCUGGUUUACUUCUUGCCUCAGCAUCUUCUACUUACUCAAGAUAGCCAAUAUAUCUCACCCGUUUUUCCUCUGGCUGAAGCUAGAGAUUAAUAGGGUCAUCCUUGGGAUUCUUCUGGUGUCCUUUCUCCUCUCCUUAAUUAUUAGUGUCACAUUGAAGGAGGAUUCCUGGUUUAACUUCAAGGUCAAUCAUGAAGAAAACAUAACUUGGGAAUUCAAAGUGAGUAAAAUCUCAAAUGCUUUCAAACAGAUUAUCCUGAACCUGGGGGCAAUAGUUCCCUUUAGUCUUUGCCUGAUCUCAUUUUUCUUGUUACUUUUCUCCCUAUUUAGACACAUCAAACAGAUGAAAUUUCAUGCCACAGGGUCCCAAGACCCCAGCACAGAGGCCCACAUGAGGGCCAUAAAGGCAGUGAUCAUCUUUCUGCUCCUCUUCCUUAUGUACUAUGCAGUCUUUCUUGUGAUAACCUCUAGCUAUCUGAUUCCUCAGAGAAAAUUAGUGGUGAUGUUUGGUGGCAUAAUAACUGUCAUUUUCCCCUCAAGCCAUUCAUUCAUCCUAAUAAGGGGGAACAGCAAGCUGAGGGAGUCUUUUCUGAAGGUGAUACGGAGUGCAAAGUGUUUCCACAAAAGAAGGAACUCUUUUGUUCCACAGAGAAUCUUGAAUACAAGGAGAAAGAAAUCAACAAAAGAUUCUCUCUUUUCCAAUUGA